UUCCCCAGCUCUAACAAGUAUAUAAACUUAAUUCUUAUUUCCUUUUUUCACUGAUCCUGUAAUAGUAAUAUUGGCAAGAUAUAGGAAUUAAUCUAAGCUACACUGAAUGGCCUGAUUACACUUAGUAUUCCCUAUUCCCUCAUCGGCCAUGGCGGAGCGCGUCUGUCACAAGAAAGCCACGUUACUUUUCAUCAGAUUUCGUAUGAUACAGUAAUGAAGGGAUUAUACCAACGUGGUCAGGUCGCGGUUUCUACCGGCCAUUCUCAGAAACUUGCAUAAUUUGACCCUUAUCUUAUGCCUGAUUGGUUUGAGCCAUGAAGCUUCAUCAAACACUAGCCACAGCAGGCGGUCAAGGCUCCAAACAUAGCUCAGUAGACCAGUAGUAUGACAACAUUUUCGCUAAUUCAAAUGGCUUUCUUUGCUUUGAUUAGCGUAUUCUUGGCUCUUAUCACCGUAGCUCGUACAGAUUCUGGUAUAAAUCCAGGGUCUACGCUAAAUUUACGAGACAUUGUUAUCGGUCGUUGCGACGACUACCUACGUAAAAACGAAAAGCUAAGACCCAAAGAUUGCACAGCAAUUUGGGAGAAAUUCCGCGAUGUUUUUGCAUUCAAAGAUGUUUGCCAACUGACACCUUCUGAUUACCAGCCAUUUUUUGAUGCUGUUGAAGAAGGAGUUAUCAACAACAAGGCUAUGUUUUGGUCAGGGACGUACAAAGCUGCCCACUCUUAUUCAUUCUUCGACCUGACGUUUACAACGUUAGAGGACACUUUUGCAGGUUCGAUGAUGAAUGACCUUCGUUGGUGUGGUAACCCUUCGCUGCCUCCCAACACUACUGAUGGUAUAGAUUACAAAUCCUGUCCAAGUUGUUUCAAAUACAAUAAAUUCUUCUGGAUCCAAGCUUCUAUAACAUUUGCAGAGCGAGUAAGGGGACAAGCACGUGUGAUGGUUAAUGGUACUCGCAUAUCACAACCUGCCUACAGUAAUAAAAGUAUCUUUGGGAAGUACGAGCUACCGAAUCUCAAAGUAGCCGACAUCACCAAGCUGUUUGUCAUUGUUCUUCAUACGAUUGGCAAGAAACCAAUAUAUUGGAAAAUAUUGGGCAUCAUUUUUGUUGUGCUGUUUAGUGUGCUGCUGAUAGUGCUUAUCGUGCUUGUAGCUCUUUAUUUCUGCCGCAAGAAAGGAUCUUCCACCAGAGCUCACCUGCUCCAACCAAACGCGUGAUUGAGAAGUCACUAACUACACGUCCUCUCAUCGCUCUGACAUUGGUUUUCGUUACAUAACCAGCACAACCGCGGGCACAACCGACAUACCAUAAAAAUAAGAGUGAUGUUUGAAAAUUACUCGUACUAUUUCCAUUUUUAUGAUUGAUGCUUUUCGCAAAGCAAGCAAUCUAUUCAGUUUUGCUCAUAUAAUAGAUUAAAACAUUACCUCACCAUAGUUAGUAGAGGGGUCACACCGACAGUUAGUCUCUCCCACAGCCGCUUUCAGUGUCGCCACGCAACGCUUUCUCCCCUGAGUAG